GUCGACAUGAAAAAUAAUCGAAUGGUGGAUUAUUCCACAGGCCAUGAUGGCCUCAACACUCCUCGCGAUGUCCUUUUUGUCCAGCUCAUCUAUUCGUCCAUGUUGGCUUUCGCCGGGAUGGUCCUCCUUGCACGGCUGGCUCAAAUCGGGCAUGCUUAUCUUCGCUACAUUGUCUGUUCCGGUGCAACUGAAAAGCAACAGUCUGUCUGGAGCAUCACGGAGUCAUCACUCUGGGUCCAAAUCAAAAGCCGUCUGCUCUACGCGCCAUUGUUCGGCAAGCGCCAUAACCGAGAGAUCCAGCUCUCGUCGGCCAUGAAUAUGGGCACUCUCCCUUCCCGGUUUCACUCGCUCCUUAUCUUUGGAUACAUUCUCAGCCAAAUCAUCUACUGCUGCGACCUCGACUAUCAGAAUGAGACGCCCGCCGUCAUUGCAGAGCUUCGCGGACGUUCCGGUACAUUGGCCACAUUAAACAUAGUCCCUCUUGUGCUCUUUGCAACCCGCAACAACCCCUUGAUACCUCUGCUACGGAUCAGUUUCGACACAUACAACCUUUUUCACCGAUGGCUGGGUCGUAUUGCCGCCGUCGAGAGCAUAAUUCACAUGGCUGCUUGGGCCGUCAACACCGUCCGAGAGGGAAACACGUCUGCACUUGCUCAGCAUCUUUCUGAAACGCCCUCCUACGCCUGGGGAAUGGUUGCAACUGCGGUCAUGGCCUUUUUCAUUCUUCACUCCCUCUCACCUGUACGACACGCAUUCUACGAAACCUUUCUCUGCAUCCAUCAGAUGGGCGCCUUCCUGAUCAUCUUGGGCAUAUACCUGCACCUCGACAUGCACAGCCUUCCCCAAAAGCCAUGGAUCCAAUGGGUUGUUCUCCUCUGGAGUGCAGAACGAUCCACCCGACUCCUCUGGCUGGUCUUUUUGAACGUGUCUCGACGACAUGGCAUGACAAAGCUACGAGUAGAGGCGCUUCCCGGCGAAGCCUGCCGUCUCACCUUCUUUCUUCCCAGACACUACCACGUCCCCCAGGCAGCCACUUCUUCGCAUACAUCCCCCAGAUCUCCUGCCAGCGACACCAAGUCCAUAACCCUCGAAAGCCAAUCCUCCCCAUACAACCACACAGCAGUGACACUAGUCGUCGCCGCCCGCCAGGGCAUGACCCGCGCGCUGUACACUCGCGCAAUGUCCUCCCCCGACGAAACAUUCACCACAACCGGCUUCCUCGAAGGCCCGUACUCCUCGCACGCAGUCAACAUGGCCAGCUACGGCACCGCGAUCCUCUUCUCCGGCGGCGUCGGCAUAACGCACCACCUCCUCUUCAUCCGCGACCUGCUUCUCCGCGCCGCGGCCGACCGAGCCGCCACGCGCUCCGUCACGCUGGUCUGGGCGGUCCGCAGCAUGGACAGCGUUCGCUGGGUGAUGGAGUAUAUCCAGGAGAUUCUGCAGAUGCCGCACGCGGAGACAAUCCUGACGAUCAUGCUGUUUGUGUCGAAGCCGAGGAGUCGCGGCGAGAUGCGCAGCACGGGGGGGAGAUUAUACCCCGGAGGAUUGGGGCGACGGUGGUGUCGGGAGGCGGCGAGGCGGCAGGAGGCGUUUACUUGGUAG